CUUUUGUCUCGCUUUCUCAUACCAACAAUCUUUCUUUUUAUUUCUCCCCGUGUGGAAUCACAGUCGCAAUCAUGCUUAUCUACAAGGACCUCAUCACCGACGACGAGAUCAUCUCCGACUCGUACGAUCUCAAGGAGGUCGAUGGCAUCGUCUACGAGGCCGACUGCGCCAUGAUCACUGAGGGCGCCGUCACCGUCGACACCGGUGCCAACGCUUCCGCCGAGGAGGCCGACGAGGGUGUUGAGGAUGCCGAGGUCAAGGUCAACAACAUCGUCCACUCUUUCCGUCUUCAGUCCACCAGCUUCGACAAGAAGGGCUACCUGACCUACCUUAAGGGCUACAUGAAGGCUGUCAAGGCCGGCCUCCAGGAGAAGGGUGCUCCCGCCGAGACCAUCACCGCUUUCGAGAAGGGUGCCCAGACCUACGUCAAGGAGAAGCUGCUGCCCAACUUCAAGGACUUUGAGUUCUACACUGGCGAGUCCAUGAACCCCGACGGAAUGGUUGUCCUCCUCAACUACCGUGAGGACGGUGUUACCCCCUACGUCAUCGUCUGGAAGCACGGUGUCACCGAGAUGAAGGUUUAAAUUUGCUUUUUCUACACAAGAGAUAGGAACAAAGCGGGUUGGGAGAGAGAUGACGAGUGGAGGAAACAAAGUUACGAGUCACAUUUUUGCGUUUAACUCGGCGCCAUGGCAUAUAUCCCCUUAACUAAAAAAGCCUUAUAGCUGGAGAAAUGAGCGGAAACAAUUCAAAAGGACCAGAAAUUCAAUUUGCUGAUCUAAACAUGAUUUCACCAAUACUUUUCUAUUAAAACUUGUAUGCUGAAGCCAAUGCUUGGUCCUCCCAACGCCAGACAAGAACGAGACUACAAUAUGCAAAAUGUAACAAAAUGACGUGCCUCAAAUAUGAAUACGUGCAGCUGACCAUUGCUUUUACAAAAAGUUUUGGGAAUAUGAUUCCCCGGCUACUGGUAAGAUGGACGGGUCGAUAAGGGGAUGGGGGGCGGCUCAUCGUUGGCCGGAGGAGUUACUGCAGCAGCAGAUAGCGUAGGCUUCUUCUUUGGCGGAGGUGGCGGCGGCUUCUUCUUUCCUGCUAGACCCGGUGACCCUAACGGCGCUGGUGCUGGGAAUGGUGCCGCCGCCCUGAUGACAGGAGGAGUAGUGGUCUCACUGGGAGGAGUUGGCGAUCCCGUAGAGGAGCCCGUGUUGGACGUGCCUAGUCUGGCGAAGCGGUUUUGCAGCUCAUUAAGAUGCGACUGCGGUGGCGGAGCAACAACGGGUCGAGGAGGCUUUGGGGGAGGCGGCGCAUCGUCAUCAUCGUAGCUGGGAGAUGCUUUGCCAAUGCCAAAGGCCGGGACGGAUAUUCCGGCAGCUCCCAGCCUGUUGAUGGCGCCCUGGUUGAGGUCGUUGGGGUUGGCUCCGAGAGCUGACAAUGGACUCUCUGUGCGACCCGGCGUUCCGGAGCCAGAUCGUGGAGGCAGUCUUGGGGGAAGACUCGGCGGAGGAGCUCUGGUGCCGGCGGAGGAGACGACAGA